AUGGCCGAGGAGCAGCAGCAGCCGGAGGGCGGGCAGCAGCAGCAGCCGCCGCGGCGGCUCGCCGGCACCCCCGCGCCCGGCGGGGCCCUGCCGGCCUUGGUGCCGGGGCUGCAGGGCGGCGAGGCCAGCGCGCUGCAGCACAAGAUCCGCAGCUCCAUCUGCAAAACUGUACAAUCUAAAGUGGACUGCAUUUUGCAAGAAGUUGAGAAGUUUACAGACCUAGAGAAACUCUACCUCUACCUUCAGCUGCCUUCGGGUCCCAACAAUGGAGACAAAAGUGAUCAGCUCUCCAUGUCAUCCAGCCGUGCCCAGCAGAUGCACGCCUUCUCCUGGAUACGGAACACCCUGGAAGAGCACCCUGAGACGUCCCUUCCCAAGCAGGAGGUUUAUGAUGAAUACAAGAGCUAUUGUGACAAUCUUGGCUACCACCCAUUAAGCGCUGCUGACUUUGGAAAGAUCAUGAAAAAUGUCUUUCCAAACAUGAAGGCCCGUCGUCUAGGCACAAGAGGCAAAUCAAAAUAUUGCUACAGUGGACUGAGGAAGAAGGCUUUUGUGCAUAUGCCAACACUGCCCAACCUUGACUUUCAUAAGACUGGAGAUGGGUUGGAUGGAGCAGAGCCAUCUGGGCAGCUGCAAAGUGCUGAUGAGGAAGUCAUCUCUGCGGCCUGCCGGCUUGUUUGUGAAUGGGCCCAGAAAGUGCUGAGCCAGCCUUUUGACACAGUCUUGGAACUGGCUCGUUUCCUUGUCAAAAGUCACUAUAUUGGUACCAAGUCCAUGGCAGCUUUAACAGUAAUGGCAGGGGCACCAGCAGGAAUAAAAGGGAUCCCCCAGCCCUCAGCUUUUAUACCUACUGCUGAAAGUAAUUCCUUUCAACCACAAGUGAAAACUCUGCCAUCUCCUGUCGAUGCCAAGCAGCAGCUGCAGCGUAAGAUCCAGAAGAAGCAGCAGGAACAGAAGCUGCAGUCUCCUUUGCCAGGAGAGUCUCCAGCAAAGAAAAGCGAAGGUGCCACCACCAACGGUGUGAGCAGUAUCUCCAAUGGCAGCCCUGCCAUCCUGUCUCCUCCACCCAUUGGCAUUGUCGUGGCAGCUGUCCCCAGCCCCAUUCCGGUGCCAAGGACCAGGCAGUUGGUGACGUCUCCGAGUCCCAUGGGAUCGUCUGAUAGCAAGGUCCUGCCGCUCAACGUUCAGGUGGUCACUCAGCACAUGCAAUCAGUCAAGCAGCCACCAAAGACUCCCCAGAACGUCCCCGCCAGCCCCGUCGGGGACCGCUCUGCCCGGCACCGCUACCCGCAGAUCUUACCCAAGCCAGCAAACACCAGUGCUCUCACCAUCCGCUCUCCCACCACGGUGCUCUUCACCAGUAGCCCAAUCAAGACUGUUGUGCCAGCUCCACACGUGAAUUCCCUAAACGUGGUGAAAAUGACAGCAAUAUCCCUUGCCCCGAGCAGCAGCAGCGUGCCCGUCAAACAGGCGCCUUCGGUCAGCAGCAGUGCAGGAGCAGCGGAAGAAGGGAGGACUGGUCCUCAGAUCAAAAAUGGGUCUGUGGUUUCACUUCAGUCUCCAGGAUCCAAGCCUAGUACUGUUGUAGCUGCGCCUGCAGUCAAGAUCAAAAUGGAACCGGAAGCAUUGCUGGAUGAGAACUCAGUACAGGGCCAAGAGAGUUCCGAUGUGUCUAAAUCCAUAAAGGCAACCCCUGACCUGCCUCCUGCACAGCUAAUUAAUUUUGAGGUUGCAGCCUUGAAGGUUUCAACUGAUGAUGUCAUGGAGGCAAAACCAGGUAAGGGCUGUGAUCAGGGAGCUGAAGAAGCAGGGACCAAAUAUAAAACACAGUCUAAUGAGAUCACACCAGUUUCUUCAGCAGGCAAUAAUCAAAGCACUCUUAAGCUCACAGUUGCCAGUCAAAACUUGUCCAGCACCAGCAUCAGUUCACCUCCUUCUGGUGAGUCUACGAUUAAAGAUAAAACAUGCACUAAAAGUCCAAGAAAGAGACAACCUUCCACAGUUCAGGAUUCCCAGGUACCACCUGUAAAGAAACCACUAGUGGAGCAGUUUUCAGCUGGUAAUGCUGUGGAGAGUCAAAAAGCAAACAGUGUUAAGAAGGCUCUGAAGGUUGGAUCAUUAGCUAACAGUGACAGUACAGCAACACUUGCUCAAGUCCCCAGCACGGUACCCGUGACAGUACCUGUACCUUCUGCAGCUGCAGCAAACUUAGCAACAGACCUUUCUUUGAGCACCACUUUAAAUACGAGUGAUUCUACUUUAGAACAGCAGCUUGCAUCAGCAUCAUCUCCAGAUAUAAAAGUAAAAUUGGAAGGAAACUUAUUUAUCAUAGAAAAUGAUUCAAAAUCUGAUGGCAGCUUUAACCCAAAUACGUGGCACCAUAUCACCAAAACCUCUGACUUUGCAUCUGUGAAUUGUGAUCAGCAGCAGGAUAUCAGUGUUAUGGCCAUGGCUGGGCACUCUGGCUCGAGUGACUUGCAGGAAUCUGCGUGGGAGCCGGUGCACUGCGAAGGGAUCCAGCAGGAUGUGUACAGCCAGCAGCUACAGAGCCAGAUCCAGGACUCCUUGAGUCAAAUACAAGCCCAGUCUUCAAAUCAGUUACCUCUGCAGUCUGAGCUGAAAGAGUUUGAGCAUACAGUCCCUCAAUCAAAUGAAAACUUCUUUUCAUUUGAUGAUGACCUUACCCAGGACAGCAUCGUGGAGGAGCUGGUGCUCAUGGAGGAGCAAAUGUCCAUGAAUAAUUCCCAUCCUUAUGGGGGUUGUCUAGGAAUGGCAAUUCAGAGUCAGACUGCAGCUCAAGGAGCUCCCGUGUCAUCUCACCCGAGCAGCACGCACUUUUACCAUUCGAUCCACAACAACAGCACUCCAAUUCACACUCCCACACCCACCCCUACCCCCACUCCCACCCCCACUCCGACUCCAACACCCACCUCUGAAAUGAUUGCUGGAUCUCAGAACAUGUCAAGAGAGAGCCCUUGUUCAAGGCUGGCUCAGACGACUCCCGUGGACAGUGCUCUGGGGAGCAGCCGGCACACGCCCAUUGGCACACCGCACUCAAACUGCAGCAGCAGUGUCCCUCCCAGUCCUGUGGAAUGCCGAAACCCGUUUGCAUUUACUCCCAUCAGCUCCAGCAUGGCUUACCACGAUGCCAGCAUUAUAUCAAGCAGCCCUGUGAAGCCGAUGCAGCGGCCUAUGGCGACCCAUCCCGACAAAACCAAGCUGGAGUGGAUGAACAACGGCUACAGCGGUGUGAGCAAUUCCUCGGUUGCAAACCACGGCAUCCUCACGAGCUACCAGGAGCUGGUGGAAGAUCGCUUCAGGAAACCUCACGCCUUCGCCGUCCCCGGCCAGUCCUACCAGUCCCAGCCGCGCCACCACGACACUCACUUCGGCCGCGUGACCCCCGUGUCACCCGUGCAGCACCAGGCAGCCCCUGUCAGCAGCACCACUAAGCAGGAGGGCUUUGCUGUGCCUGCUCCCUUGGACAGCAAAGGAACAGGUUCCUCUCUCAACAACAGCCUGAGGUGCCGGAGCGUGAGCCCUGCUGUCCAUCGCCAGCGCAAUCUCAGUGGGAGCACCGUUUAUCCCGUGUCAAAUAUACCACGCUCUAAUAUGACACCCUUUGGAAGUCCAGUGACUCCUGAAGUUCACAAUGUAUUUGCUAAUAUCCAUGCAGACACCAGUGCCAAUAACAUAGCACAGAGAAGCCAGUCAGUCCCCUUGACUGUGAUGAUGCAGACGGCCUUCCCGUCUCUUCAGAAACAAACAAACACUAAAAAAAUAACAAAUGUGUUGUUAAACAAACUUGAUUCUGAUAGCGAUGAUGCAGUGAGAGGUUUGGGAAUGAACAACAUGCCCUCAAAUUACACAGCCAGGAUGAAUCUCACUCAGAUUUUGGAGACAUCCGCCGCUUUUCCUAGUGCCAACCCACAAAGUAUGAUCAAUUCCAGCACUUCAGUUUAUGAAUUCCAAACACCAAAUUACCUCACAAAAAACAGCAGCACCGAUCAGAUCAGUUUUUCUUCUGGAGAUAACCAAGCACAAUCAGACAUCGGAGAGCAGCAAUUAGAUUUUAGCAGCACUGUAAAAGACCUUUUAGGGGAGGACAGUCUGCCAACAAACCAGCAGCUGGUGAAUCAGGUGGCAUCAGAUCUCAAUAACGUUGCAUCUGUCUUUCCCAGCGACAUCAGGUUGUCUUCCGAGCUCUCAGGCAGCAUUAACGAUCUGAACACUUUAGACACAAAUCUACUGUUUGAUCCAGGUCGUCAGCAGGGACAAGACGAUGAUGCUACACUGGAGGAAUUAAAAAAUGACCCCUUGUUUCAACAAAUCUGCAAUGAAUCCAUUAACUCAAUGACUGCAUCAGGUUUUGAGUGGAUGGAGAGUAAGGAUCAUCCUGCUGUUGAAAUGUUGGGUUAAUCUUGUUUUAUAAUAUGUAUGUAGCACACUGUAUCUAAAAGACAGACGUAUUGUAUUUGUCUUAAUGGAAGUGCCUCCCGCAGCAGAAACACUUGCUAUGUAUUAUGGCAUUUUUAAAAAAAGUUUGCUGUACCUGUUGCUCAUUCUUCAGCGAGGAAAAGGCAGUCUUAACCAAUUUUAAACAAAUCUCUGAAGGUGAUGGGCUAUCAAAGAGCCAGUAUUAAAAUUUGAACUUUAUAGUGUUUCCCCUUCAACAUUUCUCGUUUUAGCAAAUAAAGAAGUGGUUAAUGGCCAGCCAGCGAUGACAGCUAUGGUUGAUGCUCUGGGAGGGUUUUAAGUCGAGCUCUUUAGUAGGCUUUCCAUACCUUGUACUGGUUGUUACUCCUUAGUAGAUGAUCCUUACUGACCUUCGUUGUUCAGGUUUGAAAUGCAGGGUGCCUGCAGGUAGGUUGGGGUGGGGAGUGGGUACAAGUGGACCAGGUGACUUGCAGGUGCCUCAUCAUUGUGUAGCUGUCACUGCUCAGUGGUGAACUGUGGGAAAUCUCUGUAGCACUGGUGCCAUUGGCAUCUCCUGUAAAACACAGAGAUGGGAAAAGCUAACGGGGAUGAUCAAGGAAAAAGAAAGAUGCACUAAAUUUUUUUAUUUAAGAGAAAUCUAUGUAGUUAUUUUAUCCAUUAAUAUUCAUUACAUACUUGAUAUUUUAGUUCUUACAUCAGUGUUUUUAUAUUAGGUAAAAUUCAUGUGAAAAGAUUUUAAGCAUUGAGAUUUAAUCUAGGCACAACACCCUAUUUUAAAGUGAUAGGUACUGUUUAUCAAUGCUAGAGAAGGAACAUAUUUUCCCUCUUUUUUUUUUUUUAAUAAAGAGCUGCUGGAGCUCAUUAAAAUACUGUUUUUAAAGAUUCGUUUAUUCACGUUUGCUCUUUCCUCACCUAGUGGAGGGUGUAGGAAGACAUUAUUUUCUCUGUAUUUCAGUAGGUUGAGCCUUUCUGUCCUUCUUGCUCACUCUCUCUCAAACAAAAGAUUAUUAAAAUAUUAGAAAAUGUGGUUGAUCUAAAAAUAUUUCAUACAGAGCCAUAAUACUGCCAGGCACUUUACAGAUACACAGUAAGACGUGUUUUUUCUUUUGGUAAAACUUCUUUUAAAAGUGCUUACUGUUUUAGAAGCCUGAACUCCAUUUUCAAAAGUGAUUUGACAGGGUUGGUGAAUCUAAUUUUUUUUUAAGUCCUUAGCUGCCCCUCUGGAAAAUGAGAAUUAGACUUCUGCCUCACUAGUUCACUUGAACCAAAAAAGACCUUUUAUUUUAUCAGCAUGGCAUGGAUCUCUCUGAUGAUCAAAAGAGAGAGGUACUUAACCAGCCAUGGCCCUGAUGCUAGAAAGAGGACUUGCAGAGGCAGGUUUUUACAGAAGAAGUGGUGCACUGAGUAUGCCACAAUACCAUCCCUUAAGCAGAAAACUGAGCAGGAGAAAUGUUCCUCAUUUGCAUUACUUUGAAUGAACGAUCAUGAAUUUGUGAAGGGGAGGUUCAGUAACCCCACCGUAGAUUUCCUUAAGGGAAUGAUGUUCAUAUUUUUCAUGUGAUUAGUGUUUUCCUACAAGUGUCUUGGUGGUCUUCUGUUUCUUCAGUUGUUGCGAAUGACUCGAGAUCCCAGUACUGGUCACAUUUUUUGGCGGUGCUGAUUCAGCUUGUGCUGCUGCAUUGGCACUGGAGGUGCUCUUGCUCUUGCCCCAGUUCAUCACCAGUCCGUGGCCUCUUCUGCAGGGACAAACAGUUGUGCCAAGCUAUAGCACCUUAUUGAGGGCCUGAUUUCACUGUGCUCGCAUCAGAAGUUUUGCCACUUCAUCGGAAACAACCUUGGAGAGUUCCGAUCCCUCCUGGAAGCGCGGGGAUGUGUGAUAGUGUGUGUUGCUUUAAGACCAAGUGACUCUUAUAAGUUUUGUUGAAGAAAUGGGGAGGAGACUAAAAGCUGCGUGGUAGCCUUCUGCUUGUUAUCCUGCCAGGUGUCUGUCAGUAAGACUUGAACCAUUUUUCUUGUAGACUGAAGUUGCUGAAGGCAGGGCUCGAGUCCUGGGCCUGCUCAUGGCCUUUUGCCAGAGGUGUGCUGAACAUCCUCUUACCCUGGUUGAGAGGAUGGGUCUGAGAGACGCUCAGCACCUUUUUGUUUCUGUUUCCUGACCCUGUGUGAAGUGCCAGCACUACUGUGAAUAGGUGAAACCUACUCUGAUAGAGGGGGGAGGGUCCCUUCCAGCUCAGCAGAUUCUCUGAUUCUGUGACUGCAGCCCAGCGCCGUAGGGAGAAGCUGCCCAGGUGCUGCUCAGCCCCACCUCGGGUCACUCAC